AUGGGCAACAAAUUGUACACCAACCAAUACCGAGAAUUGGCGCUGAGGUUUAAGGAGCUGGGCUGGUCGACGGAGGAUGUGGCGAGUGCCAUGGGUGUCUCGCGUGCAAGCAUCUAUCGUUGGGAGAAGACUUUUGAAUCGAUUGGAACAGCCACAAAUCCGCAUGCGUGCAACGGCGGUCGACGCAGUGCUAUCAAUCGGAAUAUCAUGGAUGUAAUCCACAGCCUCUACAAGCAAUCCCCCGACAUGUACCUCGAAGAACUCCAGUUCUAUCUGGCAGUCAAGCACGAUGUCGCCAUCUCCAUUUCUUCGCUUCAAAGCACACUUGAGAAGGAAGGCCUCACACGGAAGCUACUUCAUAAAAUUGCACGGGAGCGUGACAACGAGCGUCGGUGCACCUGGAGGGAAUGCAUACACAAUAACUUCGAUGACCAAGCCUCGUACUUUGUGACGGUGGACGAGACCCACAAGAACGAGCAUACCAUCCAGCGCAGGUACGGCCGAUCCAAGUUGGGUACGAGAGCGACAAUUGAGGCGCCGUUUGUGCGCGGUCGACGCUAUUCCAUUGUUGCUGCGCUGACUACCGAAGGACUCAUGGCGGUGGAUGCGGUGGAGGGUUCGUUUGACGGGGAUCUCUUUGUGCAGUUCAUUGCCCAGUCUGUCCUGCCCAACAUGAACCCAUACAGCCCUGGUACAGAGCACAGUGUUCUCGUCCUCGAUAACUGCAGCAUCCACCACACGGAGGAAUUGGAGGAUUUGGUGCGAGACGCUGUGCCAGCUGUCCCUCACAUCCUUCCAGUGAAAGCAUAUAUGCGCCGUCACCAAGCAGAAAUCGGUCUUGCGGAGGAUCCUCUCCUUGCCAUCCUCGAGGCAUGCUCCUGUAUCACUCCGGAGAAGGCGAGAGGGUGGUUCGCGCAUGCAGGAUUUGUUGUUUGA